AGACCCGGAGCGUCCAACCUAGGGCAAAUGCGGUUCUCGCGCGAGAGCAGGGCGCGCUACCGGAAGUGGCGGCAACCCCGGAAAUAGCAGCCGGGUCCCUCUGGUCGGAGCGAGAGAGUCGCUGCGCUGCCCCGAGGGGUGCGCCCCGGACCGGACAUGGACGAUACGCUGUUCCAGCUGAAGUUCACAGCGAAGCAGCUGGAGAAGCUCGCCAAGAAGGCAGAGAAGGACUCCAAAGCUGAGCAGGCCAAGGUGAAGAAGGCCCUGCAGCAGAAGAACGUGGAGUGUGCCCGGGUAUAUGCAGAGAAUGCCAUCCGCAAGAAGAAUGAGGGUGUCACUUGGCUGCGCAUGGCAUCCCGCGUGGAUGCGGUGGCCUCCAAGGUGCAGACAGCCGUGACCAUGAAGGGGGUGACGAAGAACAUGGCCCAGGUGACCAAAGCACUGGACAAGGCCCUGAGCUCCAUGGACCUGCAGAAGGUGUCUGCAGUGAUGGACAGGUUCGAGCAGCAGGUGCAGAACCUGGAUGUACACACGUCGGUGAUGGAGGACUCCAUGAGCUCGGCCACCACACUGACCACACCCCAGGAGCAGGUGGACAGCCUCAUCAUGCAGAUUGCCGAGGAGAAUGGGCUUGAGGUGCUGGACCAGCUCAGCCAGCUGCCCGAGGGCGCCUCGGCUGUGGGCGAGAGCUCUGUACGCAGCCAGGAGGACCAGCUGUCGCGCAGGUUGGCUGCCUUGCGGAACUAGCUGCCCACCAUACUGUGACAUCUCAGAGGCGUCUGUCCCCACCCUGCCACUCUCACCUUCUGCUCCUCUCACCACCAGGCCUGGCAGCCUUGGGCUGAUCCUGCUUGUCCUGGGUUGAAUAGUGGGGCUGUGUCCUGGAGUUGAUUUGGCACAGGUGUGUGUGGGUAAUGUCUGUGACCCUGGGCUCCCCCGUGUCCCCUGCUGGGGUUGUGACUGCUGGCCUGCCGCUCCCUGCGGCUGGAGGGAUCCUGGCCACCCCACUUGACAGGCAGCUCCCCGACACCCCCACUGCCCUGCAGGAGAGGAGAGUGGACCUGUGUGUCAGGGACAUCGAGUGCCACCAACACCGCCCCAGGGCCUUUGUGGGAGGGGCCCCUGCCCUUCCCCUGUCCAUCCAGCCUAGGCCCAGCCACAGCUGCCAGCUGCUGGCCCUGCUUAGCCUCCUGCCCUUGCGCCUCAGUCCCUGAAGACAGUGCCGUUGCCUGGGCCCCUCUCCCUCGCGUGGCCCUUCUGGAGGUACCGUGGAACACUGGGCCGAGCUCUGUGUUGCCCACAUCACUGACUGAGGUGUGGGCUCCUGUGGUGGCACCACCUCCUUUCCUGAUGCCUCUCCUUCUGUGAUGCCACCAUGUCUGUCCUGCCACUAAAUGACAGGUGACCUGGGCUGCCACCCGCCCACUCCUCAGCUUGGAAACCUCCAGGGCUCUGUGAGGACGGCCUGCUAUGUAAGGGGCAGCUGGGCAGACGGAGAGGGCUUUGGGCACGGGCUGCUGCUUUGGGGUUUUUUUUUCCUGUUUCCUAAAGUUCACUUCAUGUUCUUGAAGCUCCCAGGGUUUUUGGGUUUUUUUGCCAAAGUAGAAAGCAGGUGGCCUGCGGGGUAUGGGGUCCACCCACGUGGCACAAACAUGUGGGCUCUUCCCAAACACACCAUGUUUGGUUCUUGCUGUCUGGACCUGCAAACUGGGGUGGUGGGGCCUGGGUGUUGGGGUCCAGUUGCUAUCUGGCUGUGGCCCUUUCAGACCCCAUGCGGUGUUGUGUGGGGUGCUGGCUGGGUGGGGUGUGGGGAUCAUCAGAGGGCGGCGUGAUCACCCUCAUCCUAAAGUGCUGUUGGAAGUAAAUAAGUCCAUCCUUGAAAA